AUGACAAUCUCCGAGGUGACCAUCUCCCCCUUCUCGGCCGCGCUUCUUUGGAUCGCACUUACGGCUCGCCAAUCUUGUCUUGUGGUCAUCCUCUUCAUCUCCCUCUUGCACAUUCGACUUCGCCGCCCGAUCUCUUAUGGAAGGACUCAAGCCUUCUUGUGGGCACCAUCUGUCGCUCUCUCAGCUGCGGGCACUGGUACUGCAGCUAGCCUUGCUGCAUUCGAGUUGACCUCUCUAUUUGGUGGAAUCGCAUCUUACAUCUCCAUCGUCGCCACUUUGCAGACCUUGAUGUUGAUUUCCAUCCUUCGAUCCACUUUUCGCAUCAUUCGCCGUGCUGAGAGGGAGAGUGACUCUUUCUCGUGGCUCGAAGCGACUCGAAGGAAACGAAGACAGUCCUUUGAUACUGGUGACAUUCAAUUUCUCAAGGAUCGCUCGUCGUGGGUGACAUCAGUCGAGGGUUCGCUGCGACGAUCGCUCUCAGCUUGGUCAUUUACAACGAGCCAGACGAACAAUACGAGAGGUCGCCACACCCCUUACUACUCACUUCCCAGUACCCUCCGCAGUACCACUGACUCCAACGGACGAGACGUUAUUCCGAUCAUCCCUCCGGUUCCUCCUUUACCAUCAGCAUAUCAACGUAGCAUUCCACUCGAUGUUCCUCGUAACACGUCACCCACUGGCUCUACAAACUCUUGGUUGACGUCGUACAGUGGGAGCCGAGAGACGAUGAGCUCUUUCUCCUUUCCGACGACUCGAAGUUCGCCCAAGCAGAGGAGGAAAGCAGUAAUCCUACCUACUACGUCCACCACUGCUGUCUUCCCGGUGACAGCUCUCGUCGACUCUACAUCCACUAGUACUCUUACCUCCGAUUCGGCACCGUCUCCAAGCAGUUUUUCUGUGAGUGUCACAGGAAUAGCGUUGAGCUUAGGCAUAAUCUGGAUUCCAUACAUCUUUGCUAUUCCAUAUUUGAUUCUCGCUCGAGCAGGACUUGACCAACAGCUCACAGCGGCGGGUAUCCUGUUGAUCAUCUCAAUUUGUACACCUUCCAUUCUGUUCUUGAUUUCGUUCGUCUUCAAGGCUCCACUUCCCCUUGCAUUGGAGUAUCCCUUCCCUCCGAAAGAGGUGACCAGGACAAGACCGACAUCCAGUUCGUCUGCGACUCUCCCUAUUCACACAAAUCCCACGCACCUUCGUGUCCGAGGCAAAUCAGGAUCGUAUACGGUGGUCGAAGGGAGGCGUAGCGGCGACAUUUGGAUUGAGAAACGGCAUGCUGUGGAUGGCCUCUCAAGGACGGAACGCGCAAUCAGCCUUCUCAACCCGUAUCCCAAACUAUCCGUCCUACCUCCUCGUGACGAGGUAGUUGAUCUAGCACCUCCUUUGAACGAGCCGUCUACCAACCCUCGUUCAAUGCAAGGAUUGACCAUAUCAGACGAGGAUGUCGACGAGAUUGCCCUCGUACCUUGGAUGGGCCAAACGAUGACGACAGAAUCGACGCCCCCUUUUUUGCGCAAUGAAGAUUCGGUCACCUCUUUGCCAAUGGUGCUGAUGGCUGAGAAACGGCCCAAGGUGUCUGCUCGGACGAUUCGUUUAAACUCACUUCCGAAAGAUCUUCCAACUCCUCCGCCGUCUAUUCCACUUCCACCUACUCCUGCCGAACACGAUAGGUCGAUGGACCUCAGCAAUAACGACAUUGGAGAUAUACCGUCGGAGGUUGAUAGCGAGUCACAGUACUCUGGAUACGCAUCUGAAUACCACGAAAGUCUCGACAAUCACACAGAUGUACAGGCAAACCAAGCGACACCGGUACCCGCAUUUCAAGAGUUAUCAGCUCCAGACGCUCACUCGACACCUCAUUUUAAGAAAAGCGACAAGCUGCACCGCCUCCGUAGCAUCCCUUCUCUUCCGAGCUUCUCAGUGAGAGGCUCGAGCGCCAGUGGCUUGCCUCCACAGACUCCUUACGACACGCCCGACUUACCAGAGAUUUUGACUGGCCCUGGACAAAACAUGGACACGUCUGGACAAUUGAACGCUCCAUCAAGACUCUCGGGGAGUCGAGCUCUUCCUUCUGAGGCGAAAUCAAUUAUAAGCGUCUCUGAGGGCGAUAAGCGUUCUUCUCUGAAACACUCCUCCACAUCUACGCGUCCUCUUAAUCUCCGUUCAUCCGGAGUGACUCGUCAAAAGACCAAAUCGAGACGCUACACUCCCCUCGAGAGCGCAAAUCGUGCACGUGCUUCACGGCGUCGCACGCACAUUCCCAAAGAUAGCAAGACGCUCUACAUGUCGAGAAGUAAGAAGCCAUCUUCUCCUACCACGCCUCAAGAGGGAUCGGCUCCGGUGGUUCAGGCUACAGUCCCAUCUCGAGUGGAAUACAUGCCUGCCAUCAAUCGUCUCUCGACCAUCCUGACCGAUCAUGCCGUUCGAGUUGUGGAGAGUAAUAACGAACAGCAGAAGCCAACACUCAACAUUUUGCCAGAGAAGACGAAACCAAAGCGCCAGCAUCAGCUCUUCAAAGAAAAGGAGAACACUGUCAAGGCACAUUUGAGCCCGCUGGCUCGCACGGAUAGUGCAAGAGCGCGAAGUCGUUUGAUCCAAGGGCAGAAGCUGCCUACGGUCGUCGUACGACCGCCGUCUGGAUACGAAUUCAGUGCAACGCGCCUUUCGAAUCUCAACACGUUCUACAACGCUCAGAUGCUCUAA